AUGUCGUCCACAACGACAGCCACAAGCCCCUCCUUGACCGAACUAGCAAGACACUUCCGCUCCCUGCAUCAGCCCUCCAAUCUCCUGAUCCUAACCAACGUCCACGACACCCCCUCCGCCACACUGAUCGCCUCCCUGCCUCAAACCACCGCCCUCGCCAGCGCGUCCUACGCUGUCGCCGAAUCUCAAGGCAUCCCCGACGCGGCACUCACCCUCGACCUCAACCUCAAAGGACUCGCCGCCAUUCGAGCCGGCAUCGAUGCCUGGACAUCCCAGCACCCAGACAAACUCCUUCCGUUGAGUGCAGACCUGCAGGACGGGUACGAAGACCCAGCCGAGACGGUCAAGCGUGCGAUUGAGACGGCGGGGAUCGUGGGUUGCAACAUCGAGGAUCUCGACACUGACCCUGAGGGCAGCCGACCUGUGCGGUUGCGCUCCAUCGAGGAGAAUGUCGCGCGCCUGAAGUCCGCCCUUCAGGGCGCCGAAGCAGCCGGCAUUCCGGCAAAGCUGUUCACCAUCAACGCACGCACCGACGUUCUGGGGUUUGAUGGGACGAUCGACGACUGUAUCACUCGUGGUCUAGCAUACCUUGACGCCGGCGCAGCGUGCGUGUUCGUGUGGGGCGUCGGGAAGCACGUCAUCACGAAGGAGGAAGCCGCGAAGAUGGCAAAGGCGUUCGGCGGUAGAUUGAGUCUACAGCCGGGCGGUAUGGGUGUCAAAGGAGCGCGGGAGGCGGGGGCGAGCAGGGUCAGCACAGGGCCCUAUCUCUGGAGGCAGAUCAAGGAAGUCGAGGCACAGGAGAAGGAGAAGGGGGAUAUCAUGAGGAAGGCUGCGCUCGAGAUCUUGCAAGGAUGA